AACUUGAAUCAAAGCUUUGCCAAAAUUGGAUGUUGAAGAAAAAUAAUGACUUUUACCUCCACAAUGUCUCAUUGGGAAUAAAACAUUGCAUUGCUAUCAAUCUUGAUAAUCAUAAUCACGGAAGAGCAAUACAUGUUCCGACCAUUAAGUAA